UCAAAACAUCUCUCUUCUAGGCCAAGAAACAACAGCUAAUAAGCUGGGGUUCUGCAUYAUGGAACUUGGACGACAUCCUGAAAUUCUGGAGAAAGCGAGGAAAGAAGUGGACGAUGUCAUUGGGAUGAAAAAAGACAUCAGCUAUGAYGACCUUGGGAAACUGAUCUACCUCUCACAGGUCCUAAAGGAGACUCUGAGGAUGUACCCAACUGCUCCRGGAACAKCCCGUCRGAUUGUUGAAGACAUGGUGAUCGAUGGUGUCCACAUCCCUGGAGGAUUCCGCUGUAUGUUUGACUCCUAUGCCACUGGAAGAAUGGAAAGGUUCUUCAAGGACCCACUGAAAUUUGAUCCAGACAGAUUUCACCCAGACGCUCCCAAGCCAUAUUACUGCUACUACCCAUUUUCCCUCGGUCCACGCUCAUGCCUGGGACAGAACUUUGCUCAGAUGGAGGCUAAAGUGGUGAUGGCAAAGCUGCUUCAAAGGUUCGAUUUCACCCUCGUUCCAGGACAGACCUUUGACGUCCUGGACAGAGGUACUCUGAGACCAAAGAGCGGAGUGGUUUGCUACAUCAAACACAGGAAAUGAAAAUUUUCUUUUCAGUUUGAUUAUUAUGGCUUACAAAUAAUGAAAAAAUAAAAUUUACUGUCUCUGAAAAUCAGAGUAUUACAUAAGAUCAAUAGAAGGAUAUUUUA